AUGGCCGCAUCAACUCCAGGAAAUGAAGAAGAGGAAGACGACUACCUCUCCAUGACCUUCGCCGACACCACAACACCAGCACCACCCAAAGAAACCUCUCUCCAACGCACCGCGCGCCUCAAAAAGGAAGCCGCAGCACGUAGCCUGCCCCUCUCCAAAGCAGAACUCGAAGCCCAGGCCCAGGCCAAUCUGGAAACCGGCCUCGCAACUUCAAUAGACAGCAGCAACAGAGGCGCGCAAAUGCUGGCGCGCAUGGGCUUCAAAGGCGGCGGUUUGGGGAAGACGGAGGGCGCGCGCACCCGGCCGAUUGAGUUGGAGGUUAAAGGGGAUCGAGGCGGGAUUGGGAUGGAUAGUGAGAAGAAGCGCAAGGUUAGGGAAGCGGCGGAGGAGGCUGGCGCGGGUGGUGGGGAGAAAAGGGCGAAGGUGGGGGUGGAGGAGUUUAGGGUGAGGCGGGCGGGGGAGAGGGAGGAGAGGAGGGCGGAGGGGUUGGUGUGGGGGGCUAUGAGGGUUUUGGAGGGUUUGGGGGAGGAUGAGAAGGAGGGCGAAGGCGACGAUGUGCCCACGACGACGACUGGUCAUGGAGCGAAGAAGCGUCGACUACGUGGCGUGAAUAUCCUGUACCGUCCCCUUGUCCGCCAACGACUAGAGCGCGAACGGGAUCGGAAGAUGCGCUACGACCUCAACAACUCACUGUCUACCCGCAACGACAACGACGACGACGAAGAUGAGAGCGUCUUCGACAAGAGGGUGGAGGAGCUGGAAGACGCUGAUCCCGAACUCGAGGAAUUCGAGGCUCUCAGCUUCGCAGAAAAGCUGGAAAGAAUCACCAAGGAACUGCGGGAGAAGUAUCGCUAUUGCUUCUGGUGUAAGUUUCGCUACCCGGAUGCUGAGAUGGAGGGCUGCCCUGGCUUAACGGAGGAUGAGCAUGGCUGA